UCACCCUCUGUCCCUCCCACUCUUGCCCAUCAUACGUCCCAUCCUCGCGCUCCGCACGUACGCGUCCAAAGCAAUGUCUGACAUCUACUCCUACUCGGUCGAGCUGCCCAAGCGCUCCAUCCCCCUCGCCGACUACAAGUCCAAGUCGAUCCUCUUCGUCAACGUCGCGUCCAAGUGCGGCCUCACGCCCCAGUACAAGGACCUGCAGGCGCUGCAGGACAAGCACGCCGACACGCUGCAGAUCAUCGGCUUCCCCUCGAACCAGUUCAAGGCGCAGGAGCCGGGCACCGACGACGAGAUCCUCAACUUCUGCCAGGUCAACUAUGGCGUUACUUUCCCCAUCGCCAAGAAGGGCGACGUGAACGGCCCCGACACGCAGCCCAUCUGGAAGGCGCUCAAGAAGGAUGCUGGCGUCGAUGAGAUUGACUGGAACUUCUCCAAGUUCCUCCUCACCCCCGACGGCAAGCUCACCUGGUUCCCCGCGCGCACCACCAAGGUCGCCGACGUCGAGGCCAAGCUCUGACUAGCCAAGCUGUAGCUAGACGCCGCGUAGGAAGAUGCAAAAGUGAAGCGUG